AUGUUGGUGCUCUUUGAGACAGCUGCAGGCCAUGCGCUGUUUAAAGUACAGGAUGAAGCAAAACUGGCUAGUGCUGACGAUGUGUAUAAACACUUUUCGACUCCUGAGAAGGCCGCGAAAGUGCUGAAGCUUAAGGGUUUCAAUGCAUUCAAGGACACGACGGAAGCUGUAGCCGCUGCUACUGAUAUGGUAGAUAGCAAGAUGAGCAAGACACUGAAGAAGUUUUUGAAGAAGAACGUAGUGGAUGCUGGUCUUAAGGAUAAGCUGGCUGUGUCAGACAAAGCGCUUGGUUCACUUAUCAAGGAAAAGCUCAGUAUUGCAUGCGUUAACGAUAGCGCUGUUAAUGAGGUGAUGCGGUGCAUCCGUGCUAAUAUGGAAACACUCAUUACUGGUCUAGAGGAUGACGAUUUGAAGGCCAUGACGCUCGGAUUAUCACACUCGCUCUCCCGCUACAAACUCAAGUUUAGCGCCGACAAGGUAGACACGAUGAUUGUGCAAGCAAUUGGUCUACUUGAUGAACUGGACAAGGAAAUCAACACGUACUCAAUGCGUGUUCGUGAAUGGUUUGGCUGGCACUUUCCAGAGAUGGGUAAGAUUGUUUCGGACAAUUUGCAAUACGCCAAGUGCGUACUAAAGAUGGGUAUACGCUCGAACGUUAAGAGCCUUGACUUUUCGGACAUCUUGUCAGAAGACGUGGAGGCGUCUAUGCGCGAGGUGUGCGAAGUUUCGAUGGGAACGGAUAUUUCUGAGGAGGAUGUGACCAAUAUCUCGGCUCUUUGUGAGCAGGUCAUUUCUCUAACGGAGUAUCGCGCUCAGCUUUUCGACUACUUGAAGAAUCGCAUGAACGCCAUUGCUCCCAAUCUGACAGUUAUGGUGGGAGAGCUUGUGGGUGCUCGUCUUAUUGCUCAUGCUGGUAGUUUAAUGAAUCUGGCUAAACAUCCUGCUUCUACUGUGCAAAUCCUUGGUGCCGAAAAGGCUCUUUUCCGUGCUCUUAAGACUAAGCACGACACACCGAAGUAUGGUUUGAUUUAUCACGCCUCGCUAAUCGGUCAGACUGCGCCCAAGCAUAAGGGAAAGAUUUCGCGUGUGCUGGCUGCCAAGACGGCGCUAGCUAUACGUGUAGAUGCGCUGGGCGAUGCCACUGAGGCUACAAUUGGCUUUGACAACCGUGCUAAAGUUGAGGCUCGUGUGCGGCAGCUAGAGAAUGGCUUUUCGGGCGUGCCUAAUAGCAAUGGCAAAACUAAGAACGAAGCAAAAAAGUAUACGAAGACGGAGACGAGCACGACAUACAACGCGGAUGCUGACAUGACGGUGUCGAGCAAGAAGCGCAAGGUGGAGGAUGCUGACGAGGAAGAGGAGCCCAAGGAGAAGAAGAAGAAACACAAGAAGAAAAAGAACGCUGAGGAAUAG